UUGGCUGCUUUGCCGUCUGUGUUGUAGAUGGCGGAGCCGGACAUCAGGCGCUGCUGUUAGCUUAAAUGCGCUUUUAUUAUUAAAUUAAGACAAUAUUUAAUGAAUUAUUUUCAGGGGGGUUUCAUUUAACUUAACAUUUUACUGCUUGUCCGUGAAAUUAAGCAGUUAUUUGCGUGUUUAGUUUCGUAUUUAUUUAUAGCUGAGGCUGGAUCUCGGUUAGCAUCUUUGUUAAAGUUUAGGCCCUCCGAGCCUCCGGCUCGAUUUUAACAAUAGCCGCGCCGCUCGCCUCUCAGGCGGUUCUCUUGGAGAAGAAGAAGAAGAUGGAUGAGAAAGCCUUUCUGGUUCCGGUUAGCAUGUAAGACGCGCUUAAGGUUGAAGGACUUUUAAAUCCACCGGAGCUGAAGACAUUUAGAGCCGCAGCAUCAAUAAAGCAUCACAAAGGAAGAUGUCCAACGGAGGGCUGUCCUGGACGGACGCUGCUAAUGGCAGAGGGGACGGGGGGAAGAUGGAGGGAGGGAAGAAGGACAAGGCGGCCUCCAAGCUGUCGGUGGAGCGGGUCUACCAGAAGAAGACCCCUCUGGAGCACAUCCUGCUGCGUCCGGACACGUACGUGGGCUCCCUGGAGCCUGUCACCCAGCAAAUGUGGGUGUUUGAUGAAGACGUGGGAAUGAACCAGCGGGAAAUCACCUACGUUCCCGGCCUCUACAAAAUCUUUGAUGAAAUCCUGGUCAAUGCCGCAGACAACAAGCAACGGGACAAGAACAUGACUUCCAUCAAGGUCACCAUCGACCCGGAGUCCAACACCAUCACCAUCUGGAAUAACGGCAAAGGGAUCCCUGUGGUGGAGCACAAGGAGGAGAAGAUGUACGUCCCUGCUCUCAUCUUCGGCCACCUGCUCACCUCCAGCAACUACGAUGAUGAUGAGAAGAAGGUGACGGGUGGGAGGAACGGCUACGGCGCUAAGCUCUGCAACAUCUUUAGCACCAAGUUCACCGUGGAAACGGCCUGCAAAGAGUACAGACACAGCUUCAAGCAGACAUGGCAGAACAACAUGACCAAGACUUCUGAGCCCAAGAUCAAGUUCUUCGACGGGGACGACUUCACCUGCGUGACCUUCCAGCCGGACCUGGCCAAGUUCAAGAUGGACAAGCUGGACAGAGACAUCGUGGCGCUGCUGACCCGCAGGGCGUACGACGUGGCGGGCUCCUGCAGGGGCGUCAAGGUCUCUCUGAACGGCAAGAAGUUACCGGUCAACGGCUUCCGGAGCUACGUAGAUCUGUACGUGAAGGACAAGCUGGACGAGACGGGCGUCCCCCUGAAGGUCAUCAAUGAGAUGGUGAACGAGCGCUGGGAGGUCUGCCUCACCAUGAGCGAGAAGGGCUUCCAGCAGAUCAGCUUCGUCAACAGCAUCGCCACCACCAAGGGCGGCAGACACAUCGACUACGUGGUGGAGCAGAUCGUGGCCAAGCUCAUCGAGGUGGUGAAGAAGAAGAACAAGGCUGGAGUGUCGGUCAAACCCUUCCAGGUGAAGAACCACAUCUGGGUCUUUGUGAACGCCCUGAUCGAGAACCCCACCUUCGACUCUCAGACCAAGGAGAACAUGACGCUGCAGACCAAGAACUUCGGCUCCAAGUGUGUCCUGUCUGAGAAGUUCAUCCGAGCGGCCACCAACUGUGGGAUCGUGGAGAGCAUCCUGAACUGGGUGAAGUUCAAGGCCCAGACGCAGCUGAACAAGAAGUGUUCCUCCGUCAAAUAUAGCAAGAUCAAAGGCAUCCCCAAGCUGGAUGACGCCAACGAUGCAGGAGGCAAACACUCGUCUGACUGCACGCUGAUCCUCACCGAGGGAGACUCGGCCAAGUCUCUGGCCGUGUCCGGCCUGGGCGUCAUCGGGCGAGACCGCUACGGUGUCUUCCCGCUCAGAGGGAAGAUCUUGAAUGUGCGGGAGGCCACCCACAAACAGAUCAUGGAGAAUGCCGAGAUAAACAACAUCAUCAAAAUCGUGGGACUGCAGUACAAGAAGAGCUACGACGACCCGGAGUCUCUGAGGACGCUGCGAUACGGCAGGAUCAUGAUCAUGACGGAUCAGGACCAAGAUGGCUCCCACAUCAAAGGGCUGCUCAUCAACUUCUUCCACCAUAACUGGCCGUCCUUGCUGAAGCACACCUUCCUGGAGCAGUUCAUCACUCCUAUCGUCAAGGCGACCAAGAACAAGCAGGAGCUGGCCUUCUACAGCCUCCCAGAGUUUGAAGAGUGGAAGAAGCACACGGAGAACUUUAAGACCUGGCACAUCAAGUACUACAAAGGUUUGGGUACCAGUACCAGCAAAGAGGCCAAGGAGUACUUCGCCGACAUGGAGAAGCAUCGGAUCACAUUCAGAUACAACGGUGCCGAGGACGACGCCGCCAUCACUCUGGCCUUCAGCAAGAAGAAGACGGACGACAGGAAGGAGUGGCUGACCAAUUUCAUGGAGGACAGGCGUCAGAGGAGGAUGCACGGCCUGCCUGAGCAAUACCUCUACGGGACUCAGGCCAAACAUCUGUCCUACAAUGACUUCAUCAACAAGGAGCUGAUCCUGUUCUCCAACUCCGACAACGAGAGGUCCAUCCCUUCCCUGGUGGACGGCUUGAAACCGGGUCAGAGGAAAGUUCUGUUCACCUGCUUGAAGAGGAACGACAAGAGGGAAGUGAAGGUGGCCCAGCUGGCUGGUUCUGUGGCGGAGAUGUCCGCCUACCACCACGGAGAGCAAGCUCUGAUGAUGACCAUUGUGAACUUGGCCCAGAACUUUGUGGGCAGCAACAAUGUGAACAUCCUGCAGCCGCUGGGUCAGUUCGGAACCCGCAUCAACGGAGGCAAAGACGCCGCCAGUCCCCGUUACAUCUUCACUAUGCUCAGCCCGCUGGCCAAGCUGCUCUUCCCCGCCAUGGACUUCAACCUGCUCAAGUUCCUGUACGACGACAACCAGAAAGUGGAGCCAGAGUGGUACAUUCCCAUCAUCCCCAUGGUUCUGGUGAACGGCGCCGAGGGCAUCGGGACAGGCUGGGCAUGCAAGAUCCCAAACUACGACCCCAGAGAGAUCGUCAACAACAUCAACAGGAUGCUGAACCACCAGGACCCACUCCCCAUGCUCCCCAGUUACAAGAACUUCAAAGGUGUGAUCCAUGAACUGGGUCACAACCAGUACCUGGUCAGUGGAGAGGUGUCGGUCAUAGACAAAAACACCAUCGAGAUCACGGAGCUUCCCGUCCGGACCUGGACUCAGGCCUAUAAGGAGUCUGUUCUGGAACCGAUGGUCCAGGGAACCGACAAGACUCCAGCGCUGAUCUCCGAGUACAAGGAGUACCACACGGACUCCACGGUGAAGUUUGUGGUGCGCAUGUCUGAGGAGAAGCUUGCGCAGGCCGAGGCCGUGGGCCUCCACAAAGUCUUCAAGCUGCAGUCCAGCCUCACCUGUAACUCCAUGGUUCUGUUUGACCACAUGGGCUGCCUGAAGAGGUACGACUCGGUCCAGGACAUCCUGAAGGAGUUCUUCGAGCUGCGGCUGCACUACUACAAGCUGAGGAAGGACUGGCUCCAGGGGAGCCUGGGUGCCGAGGCUGCCAAGCUGUCCAACCAGGCCCGCUUCGUUCUGGAGAAGAUCGAAGGGAAGAUCUCCAUCGAAAACAAGUCCAAACGGGAGCUGAUCCGCAUGCUGGUGCAGAAGGGCUACGAAUCGGAUCCUGUGGCUGCGUGGUCCAAAGCCCAGGAAAAGGCUCAGGAAGAAGACGCCCCCGAUGGUAACGAGAGCGACGGUUCCGUGGACUCGGGAUCGACGUCGGGUCCAAACUUCAACUACAUCCUCAACAUGCCUCUGUGGUGCCUGACCAAGGAGAAGGUGGAAGAGCUGCUGAAGCAGAGGGACCAGAAGAGAGCAGAACUGAACGACCUGCAGAGGAAAUCCCCCGAGGAUCUGUGGAAGGAGGACCUGGCGGUCUUCAUCGAGGAGCUGGACAACGUGGAGGCGCAGGAGAAGGAGGAGCAGAGCGCAGGCCGGGCCAUCAAACUGGUGAAGGGGAAGGUGGGCAAACCGAAGGUGAAGAAGAUGAACCUGGAGGAGACGAUGCCUUCACCCUUCGGCCGCAGGGUGGAACCGCCCACUCAGCCCAUCAAGUCCGACGCCGCCAAGAAGCUGACCAAGAAGAAGAAGGGCGACUCGGAUCUCGCCGUAAAGCUGGAGUUUGACGACGACGGCGAAGGAGGACCUGCAGAAAACUCUGUGACCAAACCCAAAGCUCCGCGGGUCAAGAAAGAGAAGAAAGAACCGGGAGCUCCUAGGGUCAGGAAGACUCCGGCGCCCAAAGCAGCUGCAGCCAAGAAGGUGAAGAAGAGGAACCCCUGGUCUGACGACGAGUCCAAGUCAGACAGCGAACUGGAGGAAAACGAGCCCGUCAUUCCCAGAGAGACCAAGUCUCAGAGGGCGUCAGCGUCCAAACCUAAAUACACCUUCGACUUCUCUGAGGAGGAGGAGGCGGAGGCGGAUGAAGAGGAGAACGGAGACGAUGACGCGGCGGCAUCCCCGCUGAGGACGGUCCGAGACGACUUCGGGUUCUCCGACAAAAAGGAGCGCGACAGCGACCAGAACGAAGACGAGGACGAGGAAAACGACCAGGACUCCUACACUCCGCCCCCCAAGAAACCCACGUCUGCACCUGCAGCCAAGAAGAAGGAGACACCCAGUAUCUUCUCGUCCAAGUCGGCCUUCUCUGAAAAGAGCAACGAUAGCGACGGCUCCGGGUCGGACAGCGAAGGCGACGCCGCCCCAAAGUUCUCCACCUACUCCAGCAGCUCGGCGUUCGACAAAAUCUCACCAGCAAAGAAAGCUGCAGCUAAGAAAGGUCCAGAAGCGGCGCCCAAACCCAGGAAACCAGCAGCACCCAAAGCAAAGAGACCAGAUAAAUCCAUCUGGGACUCGGACUCGGACACCGGCGCCAAGAAGCCAGCAGCUGCUCUCAAAGGUAAAGUCCGAGGAAAGAAGAGGAAGGACUCCGGGUCUGAAGACGAGUACAGCCCCAUGAAAAAAGCUCCCAAACCUGCUGUUAAGAAACCUCAGAGGCCUCCGUCCGACGACGAGGAUGAAGAAGACGACGAAGACGGCAGACUUCAACCAACAACCAAGAGGGCGGCGUCCCGCGAGCGGCCGGGCCGCGCCAGGAGGGAGGUGAAGUACUACAACGAGUCUGAAAACGAGGAAGACGAUGAAGACAUGUUUGAUUGAGCCCGCCCCGCCCCGCCCGCCUGGAAGGCUCCGCCUCCUCUGUUCCCUCAGACUUUUGUACAUUUUCCCUGUUUUAUUUUUUCAUUAAUGGUGGCAUUCAAUGAUUUUUAACGUGUAGGUGUUUUACACUUUUAUUAAUAUUCAUAUACAGGUUUGUUUUUUUACGCUCAUUGAGAUGUUCCGUGUCUGAAGCAGCUUCUAGGGGUUUAGAGCGCCGGUCUGUAGCACAUUUUAACUGUUCAGAUGAAAUGUAACUUUUUGAACAUGAAGUUGGAAGUAAAGAAUAAAAAGUUCACAGAUCUUC